UCUCACUGCAUCCCUCGUCUCCUCCACCCACCACGUUUUGCACUACGAACCCGGACAUACCUCACCCUUUUGGAUGGGCUAAAAAAAGAGGAUCAGUACUUGAAUUACUGUAGAUCCUGGUUCCCCAGUUGCAAAUUUCAGAAACCGUUUUUAUUCCUUUUUCUCGAACAAUCCCCCUGGUCGUCGGUUGCACUCCUCUCUCUUCUCGCGUCCCAUAAACUGUUUACAUCGGCGCAUCCGCCCUUUUGCCCAGCCUGUCUGUCGCAUUGCAUCAUUCCGCGCCGAGUUUCAUCCAAAGAGGGGGAGAGAAUCUGUCCUGCCACACAACGCCUACCUACCUACUGUGUCUCUCUUCGGAUCCUCCAGACGCCGCUUUGCCGCAUUUUUUGCAAUUCGCAACAACCGCCACGGUCCUCUACCUCAAUGACACAAAUCUAGCCAUCUUUAUCCUUUCUCCAAUACAUCCUACGUGCCAAUCUGCACGUUAGGAACACAUCCACGCCUCACAAUGUCUGCACACGACGAUAUAGAGAGCAUUGCCGAAAAGGGCCACCACGCCACAUCCACAACACCAACAUGGAGCGACGCCUCCUCCAACACCCAAGCCCCGCGACCGUCGCCUCGCCAAAACACUCUCUCCGCCAAAUUUAGUCGCUUCAAUACCAGAUUAGAAGGGCUCUCCGGCUUCGAAGUCCGGGGCAUCAGCCGUGUCCCUCUUGAGGAGCGUCACAAGGGCUCCCGCGGCCAUGACCUACAAAUCUUCCUUCUCUGGCUCAGCGCCAACUUGUCUGCCAACAAUUUGGGUGUUGGCAUGCUCGGCCCCUUAGCCUACGGACUCGGCUUCAAAGAUUGCAUCAUGUGCAUUCUCGUCGGUACCUUUAUCGGCUCCUUGUCCACUGGCUACGUCGCCACGUUCGGUCCGCUUUCUGGCAACCGUACCAUGGUCGUUUCCCGGUUCUUCAUGGGAUACUGGCCAUCCAAAAUCCCAGCCUUGCUCAACUUGGUACUUAUGGCUGGCUACGCCGUGCUUGACGCCAUCAUUGGUGGCCAGAUCAUUUCUGCCGUCAGCGGAGGCUCCGUGUCGAUCGUCGUCGGCAUUAUUAUAGUUUCCAUCCUGGCGUGGUUAAUUGCCGUUUUUGGAAUGGCUCUCUUCCAACGUUACGAAAGAUAUUCGUGGUUGCCUCAGAUUCUAGCCCUCAUGGUGCUUAUCGGCUCCGCUGCUCCAAACUUUGACACGGAGACUCCAUCCACCGCCAGCGGCGCCAGACUUGCCGCCGCCCGUCUUACGUUUCUCAGCACCUGCUCGUAUAUUCCCAACUCGUGGACGGCCGCCGCCGCCGACUUUUACGUCUAUUACCCUGAAAAGACCAACCGUAUCAAGGUCUUCUGGCUCACUGUUGCUGGACUCUUCGUGUCCUUUGUUACCGUCUUCACCAUUGGCAUGGGUCUUGCGUCUGGUGUUGCUUCCAACCCGGCCUGGGCUGCUGCUAAUGAUAUCUCAUCGGGAGCCCUGCUCGUAGAGGGCCUGGCGCCUCUCAAGGGCUUCGGCAAAUUCAUCGGUGUCGUCAUUGCUCUCGGCGUUAUUGGCAAUUCCACGCCAUCUACCUACUCUGCCGCCCUCACCUGCCAGGCUCUUGGCCGUUACGGCCAAGCCGUUCCCCGUUGGGCCUGGGCCUGCGUCCUUGUUGUCGUCGAGCUCGUCCUGGGACUUGCGGGUCGCGACCAUCUUUUCCUCAUCUACCAAAACUUUACUUCCAUCAUGGGCUACUGGAUUGAGUUCAUGUGUAGCAUCUUCCUGCUCGAGGAAUUCAUAUUUCGCCGCCGUAAGGGCCAGUGUGACUGGUCUCGCUGGAAUGACCGCUCCUAUCUUCCCGUUGGAUGGGCUGCUCUUGCCUCUUUCCUCUUGGGCUGGCUAGGAGCCGUCCUUGGAAUGAACCAGGUCUGGUUUGUCGGGCCCAUUUCCACACUAUGCAACGACGCCGACGUUGGCAUGUGGCUCGGUACUCUCUUUACCAUCGUGACAUUCAUUCCUCUCCGUCACCUGGAGCUUAAAAUGAUUGGACGAUAAGCAUAAAAAAGGACGAUGCGCUUAUGAGCUUUAUGACCCCAAGCAUUAGAGUUUCCCUGUUCAUUGUUUUUGCUGCAUAUACUACUGUACAUAUAUUAUACCUAGAGUUGUAAAUACAAACUUGAUCACAUUGC